CGAGGAGCGGCGCUCGGCGGCGAUGGAGUCCAGCGGCCCGGGCACGGGGACCGGCGUGGAAGGCGCGGCGGGCGACCCGUACCAGCGACCAGCGCGGCGCACACAGUGGCUGCUGAGCGCCCUGGCGCACCACUACGGGCUGGACCGAGGCGUGGAGAACGAGAUCGUGGUGCUGGCCACGGGCCUGGACCAGUAUCUGCAGGAGGUCUUCCACCACCUGGACUGCCGAGGCGCCGGCCGCCUGCCCCGCGCCGACUUCCGCGCGCUCUGCGCGGUGCUGGGGCUGCGCGCCGAGGAGGCUGCCGCCACCUGGGAGGCCGCCGGGGAUACAGCCGCGGGAGACACGAACUCCGGGGAUGUGAUCGCUGGGGUGGCCACCGCUGGGGACGCGGACGCGGAGGAGGAGGCGCGCCUGGCACUGCGCGCUGAGCCGCCUGAGCUCACCUUCCGCCAGUUCCACGCGCGCCUCUGCGGCUACUUCGGCACCCGCGCCGGGCCCCGUCUGCCCCGCGGCGCUCUCAGCGAGCACAUCGAGACGCAGAUCCGCCUGCGCCGCCCGCGCCGCCGCCGCCGAGCGCCCCGUACGCCCGGCCCCGACGGCGGCCCGGACAGCGAACGCCUGGCGCGCUUGGAGGAAGAAAACAGCAGCCUGCGCGAGCUGGUGGAGGACCUGCGGGCCGCGCUGCAGAGCAGUGACGCGCGCUGCCUAGCACUGCAGGUCGGCCUCUGGAAGAGCCAGGCGGGCGCCCAGGAGGCGGCGCACGGCGGGCCCGAGGCGGCGGCGCGGGAGCUGCGGCAGGCGCGGGGCGCGCGGGCGGCAGCCGAGGCCCGCGCGGGGCGGCUGCGCCGGGGCCAGGCCGAGGUGCGGCGGCGCGCGGAGGAGGCCCGGCAGACAGUGCUGCGCAGCCUGGCGCGCGUGCGCGAGCUCGAGGCGCUGGCGCGCCAGGUGCCCGGCCUGCAGCGCUGGGUGCGGCGGCUGGAGGGCGAGCUGCGGCGCUACAGAACCAAGGGAGGCUCUGUCCGUCGGAGGCCCGGAGCUGGGCGUGAGCGGCCAGGACUGGAAGGAGUAGAGGGGAACAUCUGGCCCUUGUCAGAUCGUGUUGGCCGCCGGGCUCCAGCAGGAAGAAGGCGUCAGAGGGAGCCUCACUCGGGACUCAGGGCGGCACGCAGCUGGAGGGAACGCCCUGCUGGCACGAGGACGCGGAAACGCCGUCUGAUGGGGGAAACACAGCACAACAGCCGCUGGAGACCACGGGAGCUCGGGGCUUCCAGGUCGGAGGACACCCACCCCCCAACCUCACCACGAGCCAGCCCGGAGCCGGAAGCCAAGAGUAGUGAACCUGAGGAUGGUGGGACCAGAGGCCCAGACCUCCCUCCAGAGGGAGCCUGCGGGUCCGACAGCAGCUCGGGGAGCCGACCCCUGGACGAAGCCCGUGCUUCUCCAGCAGCGGACGAGCAGCUGUUCCGCUCGGUCGAGGGCCAGGCCGCCUCUGACGAGGAGGACGACAGUGGGAAGUGGCAGGAGGCGCGGCGGCCACCGGCUGAGGUCAAGGCCCUGCUGGCCGGCCUCUCCAGCUGCGGCAGCGGGUGUGAUGACCAGACGGCCAAGAAGCUCAUGACCUACUUCACCCGCUUUGGCAGUGCCGACCAUGCCCGUGCCCUGGGGGAGCUGGAGCAGCUGGGGACCCGGGGCUGCAGUGGGAAGACCCUGGGGACAUCAGGGGAGGAGGCGGAGCUGCAGCAGAAGGUCGAAGAGAACGAGCACCUGAGGCUGGAGCUGCAGAUGGUGGAGACAGAGCGGGUGCGGCUGUCCCUGCUGGAGGAGAAGCUGGAGGAUGUGCUGCAGCUCCUGCGGAGGCUCCGGGACCUGAACAUAUCGAAAAGAGCCCUGGGGAAGAUUUUGCUGAGCACACUGGACGCUUGCAGGGACCCUGCACGUGAGGGGACGUGUGGCCCCUCAGCCAUGCUGGCUGCCCUGCACCGAGCCUUGGCUGGCUGUGAGCUCCUGCGCACAGAGCCCUCGGCACCAGCCUCUGCAGCUCCAGCACUCAGCAACUCCCUCCUCGUCUCCUGCUGAGGUUGCUAGCCCAGUCUGUGGGCAGCCUGGCCACCGUCAGACCAGCCUCGAGGAACAGCCUGGCCACCAUCACAUCCUCAGAACCCUGGAGGUGCAGGCUCCUUCUGAGACUGGCCCAAGUUCAGAGCCCGGCAGCCAUCCCUUCCUUGGGUUCCUCCCAGAUUCCCUUGCAGCCCCUGCAUUCCUGCUGCCAGGGUCCACACUGCCCUACGGUUGCUGGAUCAGCCUGUACCUGCUGCAGUCUCCCCUGCCCUUGAAGUGGAGCUGCACACUCUUCUGCCAGGUCCAGUCCAGAAUCCCUUCCCUGGGCUCCCAGGGUCUCCUCCCCUUCCUCCCCACAGCAUGCCUGCCGCAGGGACUCUGUGUCCCCCGGUCCACCGGGGAAACUACUCAUGCCUCAGGAAUUGUGGAAGGCCAGGCAGGGCUCGGGGAACUCCAAGCGGGGCAGCGUGAUCACGGCAGGCUUCCUGGUGGAGCUGGCCUUGAACUAGCUCUAGAAGAGGGACAGGAUUUAGAUAGGCAGAGAGGAGGGGAGGGCAUUUCACGUGAGGUAACAGCGAGAGCAAAAGCGUGGUGCCAGAAAGGGCCCCCAUUAGUACAGAACCCAGAGCCCCUCUUUCCUGAGCACACAGUAGGUACCAGGCCUCAUGGGGUCACAGGAAGGAGGAGGACAAGCUGCCUGGUCUCAUCUACCUUAAACUCUCGUAGGGGAGACAGAUACGUUGGCAAGUAGUGCAACGCGGCUGAAAUCCGGGCUACCCUGAGGUAGGAGAGAGGGUUCUUAAUUAAAACUGCAAACCCCAAAGCUAUGUAAGAAAGUGAAGGCACAUGUGAAUAUACGAAACUUAAAAUUUUUGUGUAUACAAAA